GCUACAUGUCUUGACACUUUAUUGUGUUAAUAAGAGAUCUCUUUAGCAACGACGAGCAUUUACUCCGGAGUCACACUGGAGCCAUUUCGAGCCCUCUCCUCGGCGAUCCCGCAGGGGCAAGCAAUGUGAUUUUGCUCAGCCCUACAUCGAAUUGAGAGAACGUAUGGGUGUCUGGAGCUUCAUUGCAUAGAUGGCGGAAAUGUCCGAGCCUCAGCCUGUCUCCGACCCGGAGGUUACGGAUGCCCCAAUUCCAGAGGAUGAGGCAGGAUUUGAGGCAGCACAGUCUCUUACAAACGAUAAGAAGGAACUGGAGCGAGGCGAGAAUUGGGCGAAGAUUGAUAUGAAUGGCUCUUCAGAACCAUCGCUACAGCCAGAGAUAAAGGGUGACGCCCCCUUCAACGAGCACCAGACGAGCAACGAUGAAGGGGAGGAUGUGAAAUCUCCCAGUGAUGCCCCGCCGACAGAUCUUCCUGCCGCAGAUGAACAACCUUUAGAAAGUCCGCCGCUGCCUUCUGGGCGCGAAGGAGACACGUCUUCUGCAAGGACUCCAGAGCAACUGCCUCCCGGAAACCAAGACGAGUCGCCGGCGCCGCACCCUGCUCGAAGCAGUUCUAUCCCAUCCGUAUCCAUACCAGCUGCGGGAACCCCUCGUCUCACCGAGUCACGCGCUCGAUCUGGCACGCAAUCAUCAGCUGCAACAAAUGCGACCCUGCGUGCCGGUUCCUCCACAUCGUUGGUGUUCGUCGUGACAGCUUUGGAAUCGAUCGCGGCGUCUAAAGAUGCACGGAAGAAAAAGCCUCUGGGAGAGGCCACGCAGCGAGCGCUAUCUGCUAUCAAAUCUCAAGGUGACCCUCAGUUGACCGAUCCAGAGACGGUAUUCGAAGCGCUGCGGCUAGCAACUGAGGCGUCAAACAACCAAGUUGUGGUCACGGCAUUGGAUUGUAUCGGAAAGCUUAUCAGCUAUUCAUACUUUGCGGUGUCUCCAGAAUCAAACGCAUCUCCUGAUGGCACCCCUCAAGAGCCUGCUCUGAUUGAGCGAGCAAUUGAUGCCAUUUGCGAUUGCUUUCAGGGAGAAGCUACAGCUAGUGAUGUUCAACUCCAGAUUCUUAAAUCCCUUCUUGCCGCGGUUCUAAACGACAAAGUUGUUGUUCAUGGUGCUGGGUUGCUCAAAGCAGUUCGCCAGACCUACAACAUCUUCCUGCUCUCAAGAUCAAGCGGCAAUCAGCAGAUUGCCCAAGGUACUCUAACUCAAAUGGUUGGGACAGUCUUUGAGCGCGUUAAGACUCGAAUCUCCCUGAAAGAGGCUAGCCUGAACGCUUCGAAAGCCUCUUUAGGACGAGACAUGAACGGAUCUGGCGACCUCAACGACAUAAAUCGACAGAGCCCAGAGGCAGGUGAGAACGGCGUUGAAAGCCCGCCGGACAAAGAUGACGAAUCAGCUUCUGUAGCCGCCCCCGAAGCUGAGUCCAUACAACCAGAGUCUCAACCGGAACCCAACGAGAAGAUUACGCUGCAGAGCUUUGAGAACCGGAAGAGCUUUGACGAUGAUCGCAUCAAUGACAAUGCGCCUACAAUGGUGACACGCAUCAAGAAAGAUCGCACCAUUUCUGGAUUUGCUGGCGCAAAUGAUACCGCUCAAGCGAAUUUGGAAGACAACGAACCCAGCGAAGAAGACGAAGAAGACGAGAUAUACAUCAAGGAUGCAUUCCUCGUAUUUCGUGCAAUGUGUAAGCUGAGCACGAAGACUCUUCCGCCAGAGCAAGUUCACGAUAUAAAAUCUCAUGGAAUGCGCUCAAAGCUUCUUUCAUUGCAUCUCAUACAUACUAUCAUCGAUAACAAUGUGAUCGUGUUCACGUCACCGCUUGCCACAAUCAGAAGCAGCGCUGCCAGCGAUCCUACGUCUUUUGUGCAAGCAAUAAAGCAAUACCUAUGUCUGAGCUUGAGCCGUAACGGUGGUAGCUCAGUUAUUAGGGUCUUUGAAGUGGGCUGUGAGAUAUUCUGGCUAAUGUUGAAGCAUAUGAGAGUCAUGCUGAAGAGAGAGAUCGAGGUCUUCCUAAAAGAAAUUUAUUUGGCAAUUCUCGAUCGACGGAACGCUCCGUUACAGCAAAAGCAGUACUUGAUGAGCCUGUUUGAGCGGCUAUGUAACGACCCUCGGGCGCUGGUCGAGUUGUAUCUGAAUUAUGACUGCGAUCGAAAUACUUUAGAGAAUAUCUUUCAAAGAAUGAUCGAGCAUCUGUCGAGGAUUUCGAGCAGUCCUGUCAUGGUUACCGCAAUGCAGCAGCAACAGUACCAAGAAUUUCAUCAAAGAAAUGCGAACGUGGCUCCUGAAUGGCAUCAACGUGGCACCCUCCCACCAUCACUUUCCACUGCUAACAUUCAGGUGACAAAUGAUCAAGAGCCUACCUUCCCCAUCGAGUACUCUCUGAAGCAACAGUCGCUCGAAUGUCUCGUGGAGACACUUCGUUCCCUGGUCAACUGGGCUCAGCAAGGUAUAGCAGACACUACGGCAGACCUUGGUGAAGCUGAGUCCCGAAAUUCUGUCGAGGGCUUUAGAGAUUCUGUUGAUGCUGGGAACGCAGUGGGGCUUGCCUCUCCUAGAAUAGGCAGUAUUGACACUCCUGGUGGUCCCACGACUCCGCUGGCGGAGGACGAUCCGCAGGAGCUUGGAAAAGCUAAGCAGCGCAAAACGGCCCUGAUUAACGGGAUCAGACAAUUCAACUAUAAGCCCAGCCGUGGAAUAUCCUAUCUCAUCAAGGAAGGAUUCGUUCGAAGCGACUCGCCGGAGGACAUUGCUCGGUUUCUCAUACAGAACGAUCGACUGGAUAAGGCGAUGCUCGGAGAAUACCUCGGUGACGGCGAGCCUCAGAAUAUUGCUAUCAUGCAUGCCUUUGUCGAUGCCAUGGAUUUCACAAGGACCCGUUUCGUCGACGCACUCCGUCGGUUUCUCCAGAGCUUCCGUCUUCCCGGAGAAGCUCAAAAGAUCGAUCGCUUCAUGCUCAAGUUUGCCGAGCGAUAUAUGACCGGCAACCCCAACGCUUUUGCCAACGCCGACACCGCUUACGUUCUCUCUUAUUCAGUAAUACUGCUGAACACUGAUCAACAUAGCACCAAGAUGAAAGGUCGGCGGAUGACCAAAGAAGAUUUCAUCAAGAAUAAUCGUGGGAUCAACGACAACGCAAAUCUCCCUGACGAGUACCUGGGGGGGAUAUAUGAUGAAAUAGCCAGCAACGAAAUUGUCCUCGAUACCGAAAGAGAGAAUGCCGCGGCACUCGGUCUCGCAUCGCAGCCGAGUGGCGGCCUCGCCGCAGGUAUCGGGCAGGCUCUGGCCACAGUCGGCCGUGACCUUCAGCGGGAGGCGUACGCUCAGGCUUCGGAGGAGAUGGCAAAUAAGGCUGAAAAGCUAUUUCGGAGCUUGUUGCGGGCACAGCGCAAAACCGCGGCAAGAUCGGGCUUGCCUAGAUUUAUUCCUGCAACUUCGUUCAAGCAUGUUGGCCCAAUGUUUGAAGUGUCAUGGAUGUCGUUUCUUUCUGGAUUGUCCGGCCAAGUGCAUGAUACGCAGAAUAUCGAGACGAUCAAACUUUGUAUGGAAGGGUUCAAACUUUCUAUCCGCGUAGCUUGUCUGUUCGACCUCGAGAUGCCGCGGACCGCUUUUGUGACUGCUCUUGCAAAGUUUACCAACCUUAACAACUUGAGCGAAAUGAAAGCCAAGAACAUGGAAGCUCUUAAGGCAUUGUUGGAAGUGGCGCAGACUGAAGGCAAUUUACUGAAGGAGUCCUGGAGAGACAUUUUGACUUGCAUCAGUCAGCUUGAUCGCUUCCAGCUCCUGGCAACCGGUGUAGAUGAAGGAGAAGUUCCUGACGUCCUCAAGGCUCGAAUUCUUACCCAACCAAAACAGGAAGCAGAUCCCCGUCGUUCCCUUCAGCCUCCAAGAAGGAUUCGUCCUAAAUCAAUCAGCACCAGCGCUAGUUUCCAGCCUGACAUCGUAGAGGAGACCCAAUCAACUGACAUGAAUAAGGCAAUGGAUCGAAUUUUUACAAAUACAGCAAAUCUCUCUGGAGAGGCUAUUGUUCACUUCGUUCGCGCCUUGACGGAGGUCAGUUGGGAAGAGAUACAAUCUUCUGGUCAAAGCGAAUCCCCCCGCACCUUCAGCUUACAGAAGCUCGUUGAGAUUAGCGGCUACAACAUGACGCGUGUGAGGUUUGAAUGGACAAAUAUAUGGCAGGUGCUUGGAGAGCAUUUCAAUCAAGUUGGAUGCCAUACAAAUACCCACGUCGUGUUCUUUGCGCUCAAUUCUCUUCGGCAAUUGUCCAUGCGAUUCAUGGAGAUUGAGGAGCUUCCAGGUUUCAAAUUCCAGAAGGACUUCCUGAAACCAUUUGAGCAUGUUAUGUCAAAUAGUGGAGUGGUUGCUGUAAAGGAUAUGGUUUUGCGAUGUCUUAUUCAAAUGAUACAGGCUCGCGGACAAAAUAUUAGAUCUGGAUGGCGAACAAUGUUUGCUGUCUUCACUGUCGCCGCGCGUGAACCUUAUGAAAAUAUUGUCAAUCUUGCAUACGACAAUGUUACACAGAUCUACAAUUCCAAGUUCGGGGUCGUUAUUAGCCAGGGCGCUUUUGCAGAUCUGAUGGUUUGCCUGACUGAGUUUUCAAAGAACGCGAAAUUCCAGAAAAAGUCAUUACAGGCGAUAGAGACAUUAAAAUCAACGAUUCCGAAGAUGCUGAAAACUCCCGAAUGUCCUUUGUCAAUUCGUCAUACACCUGGUUCUGAUAAGGCUCAGAGGAAAGGUUCUGUAACUUCAGCGCAGCCUCUCCGGCAAACUCAAGAAGAGCAAUAUUGGUUUCCGAUUCUCUUUGCAUUCCAUGACGUUCUUAUGACUGGUGUCGAUUUGGAAGCUCGAUCACGCGCUCUCAAUUACCUUUUUGACUCACUCAUAAAUUACGGCGGGGACUUCCCUCCUGAAUUCUGGGACAUCCUUUGGAGACAACUGCUUUAUCCUAUUUUCAUGGUCCUCAAAUCAAAGUCAGAAAUGACGAAAGUUCUGAACCAUGAGGAACUCUCUGUUUGGCUCUCAACGACAAUGAUUCAGGCUCUCAGGAACAUGAUUACCUUAUUCACUCACUAUUUCAAGUCUCUGGAGUACAUGCUUGACAGAUUUCUGGAACUAUUAAUUCUGUGUAUCUGUCAAGAAAAUGAUACUAUUGCACGAAUUGGAAGCAAUUGCUUACAGCAAUUGAUUCUUCAAAACGUCACAAAAUUCACGGAUGAGCACUGGAACCAGACUGUUGGAGCAUUCGUAGAACUGUUCGAUCGCACCACUGCCCACCAGUUAUUCUCAGCAGCCACUGUCUCUGGGCCGUCACCGUCAGCGCCUGUCUCCAGUUCGAAUGGAUUGACUAGGCUUCCGGUGUCGGAUGCUUCCAGUAUCUCUGACCUUCCGAUGCCUAGAAAGGCGGCAGAAGAUGAGAUAAAUGGCCCUCUUGCGGAGCCUUCUCCCGAUUCCGGUGAGGCGGACGUUUCUCCAGCUAAUGGAACCGGGGACGACUCUGAGAUGAAUGCCUCAACAUUGAUAGAUGAACCGAGUGCAGCUGGUGGAGGCUCGUCUGUGGAGACACAAAAUACACCACCAACGGAACUGGAGGAUUACAAACCUCAGACAGCAAUCCAAAAGCAGCCUGUCGUGGUGACUGCUGCCCGCCGGCGAUUCUUCAAUCAAAUAAUCACAAAAUGCGUGCUGCAGCUCUUGAUUAUUGAAACGGUAAACGAGCUAUUUUCGAAUGAUGCAGUCUAUCACCAGAUACCCAGUCCUGAGUUAUUGCGCUUAAUGGGUCUCCUAAAGACCAGUUUCCAGUUUGCGAAAAGGUUUAAUGCAAACAAAGAGCUGCGAAUGCGAUUAUGGAGGGAAGGAUUCAUGAAGCAACCCCCGAAUCUGUUAAAACAGGAGAGCGGCAGUGCCGCCACCUAUGUUAGUAUCCUUCUACGGAUGUAUCACGACGAAGGCGAGGAACGGAAGAGGAACCGUGCCGAUACAGAAGCUGCUUUGAUACCCCUUUGCGUGGACAUCAUCAAUGGAUACGUCCAGCUGGAUGAGGAAACGCAACAGCGCAAUAUCGUCGCUUGGCGGCCUGUCGUAGUGGACGUCAUGGAGGGCUACACACACUUCCCACGAGAAGGAUUUGAAAAGCAUAUUGAGACAUUCUAUCCGCUUGUCAUUGGCUUGCUCAGUCGGGACAUGAGUACCGACAUUCGUCUUGCGUUGCAGGCCCUCUUGCGCCGCGUUGGCGAGGUCAAGAUGGGCAUGGAGCCUUUUCAAGGUCCCGUUGGCUCACCACCUAUUAGCCCUGGGUUCCAGUUCAGCUCCAGAAGGCCCAGCCGCGGAAGAUAAAUUCAGCAUCCUUGUUUCAAGUAGAUGAACAUUCUGCGUCUCUGCAUCUCUGCGGAUUAGGCUCGAUAUGGACUGCAUGCUCCCUUUACUGUCGCACCAAGGGCGGGGCCUCCUGGGUUCCAUCAGUCGUUUUGGCGGGCGUCUGGUUCGUGUAGGCGAGACGCCAUUCAGCGUCAAGUUGCAUCUCGAAACUUUUUACCAUAUUACAUUUUCUUUUGCGCCCUUGUUGGAGUACAAGUUGAUUGUUACAUGGCUGUAUUUUAUAUUAUUCCAUCCGUUUCGUGCUCCAAUCAAAGUUAAGCAUAGGCCUGGCG